AUGUCAGCAACCCCUUGCCUGGAUGGAAGCCCGUGUGCUAAUGGAGGUCGCUGCACCCAGCUGCCCUCCCGGGAGGCUGCCUGCCUGUGCCCACCAGGCUGGGUGGGUGAGAGGUGCCAGCUGGAAGACCCCUGCCACUCGGGUCCCUGUGCUGGCCGCGGCGUCUGCCAGAGCUCAGUGGUGGCGGGCACCGCUCGGUUCUCCUGCCGGUGCCCCCGGGGCUUCCGAGGUCCCGAUUGCUCCCUGCCAGACCCCUGCCUCAGCAGCCCUUGUGCCCAUGGAGCCCGCUGCUCGGUGGGGCCCGAUGGCCGCUUUAUCUGCUCCUGCCCACCUGGCUACCAGGGCCGCAGCUGCCGAAGCGAUGUGGAUGAGUGCCGGGUGGGUGGGCCCUGCCGCCACGGUGGCACCUGCUUCAACACACCUGGCUCCUUCCGCUGCCAGUGCCCAGCUGGCUACACGGGGCCACUGUGUGAGACCCCCGUGGUGCCUUGUGCUCCCUCACCGUGCCGUAACGGGGGCACAUGUAGACAGAGUGGCGAUCUCACCUAUGACUGUGCCUGCCUUCCUGGGUUUGAGGGCCAGAACUGCGAAGUGAAUGUGGACGACUGUCCAGGACACCGAUGUCUAAAUGGGGGGACAUGUGUGGAUGGAGUCAACACUUACAACUGCCAGUGUCCUCCUGAGUGGACAGGCCAAUUCUGCACGGAGGAUGUGGAUGAGUGUCAGCUGCAGCCCAAUGCCUGCCACAAUGGAGGCACCUGCUUCAACACACUGGGUGGCCACAGCUGCGUCUGUGUCAAUGGCUGGACUGGCGAGAGCUGCAGUCAGAAUAUUGAUGACUGUGCCACGGCCGUGUGCUUCCAUGGGGCCACCUGCCAUGACCGCGUGGCCUCCUUCUACUGUGCCUGUCCCAUGGGCAAGACUGGCCUUCUGUGUCAUCUGGAUGACGCCUGUGUCAGCAACCCCUGUCACGAGGAUGCUAUCUGCGACACGAACCCCGUGAAUGGUCGGGCCAUCUGCACCUGUCCACCCGGCUUCACGGGCGGGGCGUGUGACCAGGACGUGGAUGAGUGCUCCAUCGGCGCCAACCCGUGUGAGCACUUGGGUCGCUGCGUGAACACGCAGGGGUCGUUCCUGUGCCAGUGUGGCCGUGGCUACACCGGCCCGCGCUGUGAGACUGACGUCAAUGAGUGUCUGUCGGGGCCCUGCCGCAACCAGGCCACAUGCCUCGACCGCAUAGGCCAGUUCACCUGCAUCUGCAUGGCAGGCUUCACAGGAACCUACUGCGAGGUGGACAUCGACGAGUGUCAGAGCAGCCCGUGUGUCAACGGUGGGGUUUGCAGGGACCGAGUCAAUGGCUUCACCUGCACCUGCCCCUCGGGCUUCAGCGGGUCCACGUGUCAGCUGGACGUGGACGAAUGUGCCAGCACGCCCUGCCGGAACGGCGCCAAGUGCGUGGACCAGCCCGAUGGCUACGAGUGCCGCUGCGCAGAAGGCUUCGAGGGCCCUCUAUGUGAGCGCAACGUGGACGACUGCUCUCCGGACCCGUGCCACCACGGGCGCUGCGUGGAUGGCAUCGCCAGCUUCUCGUGUGCCUGCGCCCCGGGCUACACGGGCACACGCUGCGAGAGCCAAGUGGACGAGUGUCGCAGCCAGCCCUGCCGCCACGGGGGCAAGUGCCUAGACUUGGUGGACAAAUACCUCUGCCGCUGUCCUCCCGGAACCACAGGUGUGAACUGCGAGGUGAACGUAGACGACUGUGCCAGCAAUCCGUGUACCUUCGGAGUCUGCCGUGACGGCAUUAACCGCUAUGACUGUGUCUGCCAGCCUGGCUUCACAGGGCCCCUCUGCAAUGUGGAGAUCAACGAGUGUGCAUCCAGCCCAUGCGGUGAGGGAGGCUCCUGCGUGGACGGUGAAAACGGCUUCCACUGCCUCUGCCCGCCCGGCUCCUUACUUCCACUCUGCCUCCGCCCGAGCCAUCCCUGCGCCCAUGAACCCUGCAGUCACGGCAUCUGCCACGAUGCACCCAGCGGGUUCCGCUGUGUGUGUGAGCCUGGCUGGAGUGGCCCCCGUUGCAGCCAGAGCCUGGUCCGAGAUGCCUGUGAGUCCCAGCCCUGCCAGGCCGGUGGUACCUGCACCAGCGAUGGAAUGGGCUUCCGCUGCACCUGUCCCCCUGGUGUCCAGGGCCAUCAGUGUGAGCUGCUGUCCCCCUGCACCCUGAACCCCUGUGAGCAUGGGGGCCACUGCGAGUCUGCCCCUGGCCAGCUGACUGUCUGCUCCUGUCCCUCUGGCUGGCAAGGCCCACGAUGCCAGCAGGAUGUGGAUGAAUGUGCUGGCCCCUCACCCUGCGGCCCUCAUGGUACCUGUGCCAACCUGGAGGGGAGUUUCAGCUGCACCUGCCACGGGGGGUACACUGGCCCUUCCUGUGAUCAGGACAUUGAUGACUGUGAUCCCAACCCGUGCCUGAAUGGCGGCUCAUGUCAGGAUGGGGUGGGCUCCUUUUCCUGCUCCUGCCUUCCGGGCUUCGCUGGCCCACGCUGCGCCCGCGAUGUGGAUGAAUGCCUGAGCAGCCCCUGCGGCCCGGGCACCUGCACCGACCACGUGGCUUCCUUCACUUGCACCUGCCCACCGGGCUAUGGGGGCUUCCACUGCGAGAGGAACCUGCCCGACUGCAGCCCCAGCUCCUGCUUCAAUGGUGGGACCUGCGUGGACGGCGUGAACUCGUUCAGCUGCCGGUGCCGCCCCGGCUACACGGGCGCCCACUGCCAACAUGAGGCCGACCCCUGCCUCUCGCGGCCCUGCCUGCACGGGGGCGUCUGCAGCGCGGCCCAGCCCGGCUACCGCUGCGCCUGCCCGGAGGGCUUCACCCGCACCCAGUGCCAGACGCUGGUCGACUGGUGCAGCCGCGCGUCCUGCCAGAACGGGGGUCGCUGUGUCCAGACCGGGGCUUAUUGCCUUUGUCCCCCGGGCUGGAGCGGCCGCCUCUGUGACAUCCGAAGCCUGCCCUGCAGGGAGGCCGCAGCCCAGAUCGGGGUGCGGCCGGAGCAGCUGUGUCAGGCGGGCGGGCAGUGUGUGGACCAGGACAGCUCCCACUAUUGUGUGUGCCCAGAGGGCCGCACGGGCAGCCACUGUGAGCAGGAGGUGGACCCCUGCUUGGCCCAGCCCUGCCGGCACGGGGGCACCUGCCGCGGCUACAUGGGGGGCUAUGUGUGCGAGUGUCUGGCUGGCUACACUGGUGACGACUGUGAGGACGACGUAGACGAGUGUGCCUCCCAGCCCUGCCAGCACGGGGGCUCCUGCAUUGACCUCGUGGCUCGAUAUCUCUGCUCCUGUCCCCCUGGGACGCUGGGCGUGCUCUGCGAGAUUAAUGAGGACGACUGUGGCCCAGGCCCUCCCCUGGACUCAGGCCCCCGCUGCUUACACAAUGGCACCUGUGUGGACCUGGUGGGUGGCUUCCGCUGCUCCUGUCCCCCAGGGUACACCGGUAUGCGCUGCGAGGCCGACAUCAAUGAGUGUCGUUCAGGUGCCUGUCAUGUGGCACACACCCGGGACUGCCUGCAGGACCCAGGAGGGGGCUUCCGCUGCCUUUGCCAUGCUGGCUUCACAGGUCCCCGCUGUCAGACUGUCCUGUCUCCCUGUGAGUCCCAGCCAUGCCAGCAUGGAGGCCAGUGCCGUUCCAGCCCGGGUCCUGCGGGUGGGCUGUCUUUCACCUGCCACUGCGUCCCGCCGUUCUGGGGUCCGCGUUGCGAGCGGGUGGCGCGCACCUGCCGGGAGCUGCAGUGCCCGGUGGGCGUCCCAUGCCAGCAGACGGCCCGCGGGCCACGCUGCGCCUGCCCCCCGGGGAUGUCGGGGCCCUCCUGCCGUAGCUCCCGGGGGUCGCCGCCGGGGGCCCCCAACGCCAGCUGCGCAGCCGCCCCCUGUCUCCACGGGGGCUCCUGUCUUCCCUGUGCGAGCGCUGUCCGGAGUCUUGGUGCUUGCUCUGUGGUGUGUGUGCAUGGGGCCGGGGUAGGGGGCCGCCUGACCCUGCCCUCUGCCCCCAGCCCCAUGUACGAGAAGUACUGCGCUGACCACUUCGCCGACGGCCGCUGCGACCAGGGCUGCAACAUGGAAGAGUGUGGCUGGGACGGGCUGGACUGUGCCGGCGAGGUGCCAGCCCUGCUGGCCCGCGGGGUGCUGGUGCUCACGGUGCUGCUGCCGCCCGAGGAGCUGCUGCGCUCCAGCGCCGACUUCCUGCAGCGGCUCAGCGCCAUCCUGCGCACGUCGCUGCGCUUCCGCCUGGACGCGCACGGCCAGGCCAUGGUCUUCCCGUACCACCGGCCCAGUCCUGGCUCCGAACCCCGGGCUCGGCGGGAGCUGGCCCCUGAGGUGAUCCGGGUGAGUGACUCUGUAGUGAUGCUGGAGAUUGACAAUCGGCUCUGCCUGCAGUCGCCUGAGAAUGACCACUGUUUCCCGGAUGCCCAGAGCGCGGCUGACUAUCUGGGAGCAUUGUCAGCAGUGGAGCGCCUGGACUUCCCGUACCCACUGCGGGACGUGCGCGGGGAGCCGCUGGAGCCACCAGAGCCCAGCCUGCCGCUGCUGCCACUGCUGGUGGCGGGCGCUGUCUUCCUGUUGGUCAUCCUCGUCCUGGGUGUCAUGGUGGCCCGGCGGAAGCGUGAGCACAGCACCCUGUGGUUCCCGGAGGGCUUCGCGCUGCACAAGGACAUGGCCUCUGGCCAUAAGGGUCGGCGGGAGCCUGUGGGCCAAGACGCGCUCGGCAUGAAGAACAUUGCCAAGGGUGAGAGUCUGAUGGGGGAGGUGGCCACAGACUGGAUGGACACGGAGUGCCCAGAGGCCAAGCGACUGAAGGUAGAAGAGCCUGGCAUGGGGGCCGAGGAGGCUGUGGAUUGCCGCCAGUGGACUCAACACCACCUGGUUGCUGCUGACAUCCGAGUGGCACCAGCCAUGGCACUGACACCCCCACAGGGUGAUGCAGAUACUGAUGGCAUGGAUGUCAACGUGCGUGGUCCAGAUGGCUUCACCCCCCUAAUGCUGGCCUCCUUCUGUGGGGGGGCCCUGGAGCCAAUGCCGACUGAGGAGGACGAGACAGAUGACGCAUCAGCCAGCAUCAUCUCGGACCUAAUCUGCCAGGGGGCCCAGCUCGGGGCACGGACUGACCGCACGGGCGAGACCGCCCUGCACCUGGCUGCCCGCUAUGCCCGGGCUGAUGCGGCCAAGCGGCUGCUGGAUGCUGGGGCAGACACCAAUGCCCAGGACCACUCAGGCCGCACCCCCCUGCACACGGCUGUCACUGCUGAUGCCCAGGGCGUCUUCCAGAUUCUCAUCCGGAACCGCUCCACGGACUUGGAUGCUCGCAUGGCUGAUGGCUCGACGGCACUGAUCCUGGCGGCCCGCCUGGCAGUGGAGGGCAUGGUGGAGGAGCUCAUCGCCAGCCAUGCCGAUGUCAAUGCUGUGGAUGAGCUCGGGAAGUCAGCCCUACACUGGGCGGCCGCCGUGAACAAUGUGGAGGCCACCUUGGCCCUGCUCAAAAAUGGAGCCAACAAGGACAUGCAGGAUAGCAAGGAGGAGACCCCGCUCUUCCUGGCCGCCCGCGAGGGCAGCUACGAGACUGCCAAGCUGCUGCUGGACCACUUUGCCAACCGCGAGAUCACGGACCACCUGGACAGGCUGCCACGGGACGUGGCCCAGGAGCGGCUGCACCAGGACAUCGUGCGGUUGCUGGACCAGCCGAGUGGGCCCCGCAGCCCUGCCGGCCCCCAUGGCCUGGGGCCCCUUCUCUGUCCACCCGGGGCCUUCCUCCCAGGCCUCAAGGCAGCCCAGUCGGGGACCAAGAAGAGCAGGAGGCCCCCGGGAAAGGCUGGGCUGGGGCCGCAGGGGGCCCGGGGACGGGGCAAGAAGCUGACCCUGUCCUGCCCUGGCCCCCUGGCCGAGAGCUCAGUCACGCUGUCACCUGUGGACUCGCUGGACUCUCCGCGGCCCUUUGGUGGGCCACCUGCUUCCCCUGGUGGCUUCCCCCUUGAGGGGUCCUACGCGGCUGCCACCGCCACGGCUGUGUCUCUGGCGCAGCUCGGUGGCCCAGGCCGGGCCGGUCUAGUGCGACAGCCCCCUGGAGGCUGCUUGCUCAGCCUGGGCCUCCUGAACCCUGUGGCUGUCCCCCUUGACUGGGCCCGGCUGCCUCCACCUGCCCCACCGGGCCCCUCGUUCCUGCUGCCAUUGGCACCGGGACCCCAGCUGCUCAACCCUGGGACCCCCAUCUCCCCCCAGGAGCGGCCCCCACCCUACCUGGCAGCUCCAGGACACGGCGAGGAGUACCCGGCAGCUGGGGCCCAUGGCAGUCCCCCCAAAACUCGCUUCCUGCGGGUCCCCAGCGAGCACCCUUACCUGACCCCAUCCCCCGAGUCCCCCGAGCAUUGGGCCAGCCCAUCGCCACCCUCCCUCUCGGACUGGUCCGACUCCACGCCCAGCCCAGCCACUGCCACUGGGGCCUCGGCCACCGUCACCGGGGCAUUGCCUACCCAGCCACUCCCCUUGUCUGUCCCAGGCUCCCUCGCACAGGCUCACACCCAGCUGGGACCCCAGCCCGAAGUCACCCCCAAGAGGCAGGUGUUGGCCUGAGCUGCUCCCCAGUUCCUGGAUCUUGGGGCUGAAGAGACACCCCUCCAACCUGCUUCCUCCCUCUGUAUUGUUAGUAUUGCUUGUUCUCUCCUCUCUGUCACCAACCCUCCUUCACCCCUGCCUUGCAGUGGCUGAGACAGGUCACGGCCCAGGGCCUCAGUCUUCCUUAUUUAUAACGGGU